CACCCAUCUAUCGACCGGAGAGACUAACUAAAACAUUAAAAAAAACACUCUUCCACUGUAGUAAAACCUCUGUUAUCUUUAUAUACUGAACGCAAGUCCCGUCUGGUGUUACUGAGGUAUCUUGAUGUUAGCUUAGCAGUGCGUAGCGUGUUUGUGUAGCUAGGAGGAGAUGAGUGCGGAUCUACUGUCUGAUUUGGAAACUCGCUUCUUCGCUGAUAACCUGCUAACCAGCGAAGACUGGGAUGCCUGCCUGUACCAGUGUGAGAGUAUGGAGGAGGGCGAGGACGCAGACUUCAGCCGGGGGAUAAAAUACGAGGCGGCGUCGUUUGACAACGACCUCGUGCUCACUCUCGAUCCUGACAACCCCACGUCGCCAUGGCAACACCUCGACGACAACCUGCUCACAGGCGAAGCUCCUGUGAUAAAAAGUGAGAUGACGAUUGCUCAGGCUUUACCGGUGGAAAUGUUGUUUCAGGUGAAAGCUGAGCCUCCGUCUCCUGCGUCCUCGCUCGGCUCCGACUGCUCCGCCUCGUCUCCUGAUCCACAGAUCACAGUUAAAGGUGAAAACCCUCCGACUCCUCCCUACAUGUACGGAGAUGUGCUGUCGCCGCCGCUCGGCUCCAUGGAGGUUACCGUGGCGACGUCGGGACUCGGCCUGCGGCAGGCGCAGAUUCCCGCCGGUGUGACGCAGACGCAGCUAACGACACAGAUCCCUGCGGUGAUCAGCGGGAUCCAGACGCAGGCUGCAGUCUUGCCUUCGUCCACGCUGAAGGCGAGCAGCAUCCUGAGCACCAAACCUCCCAUCCAGCCCCGACCCGUUUGUGUCACCUCGCUCCCCAAAACACCAACACCAGCUAAGACCCUGAUCCUGCAGGGAAUCCCCAACAUGGACCAGACCAGACCUGUCGUUCUCUCUCAGUCAGUGUGUCUCGGUUCGGCUCCAGCCAUCGUCAAAAUGGAGCCCGUCUCUCCCAGCAUCCCUCAGCACUGCUCCAGCCCGACGGCCCAACCCGCCGCCAGCAAACCCAUCGUCCCGGCAACCACAACGUUACCUGGCAACAACUCAAACGACAUCGACAUGAAGGUGCUGAAGCGGCAGCAGAGGAUGAUAAAGAACCGGGAGUCGGCCUGCCAGUCGAGGAAGAAGAAGAAGGAGUACCUGCAGAACCUGGAGGCGCAGCUCAGGGAGGCGCAGCAGGAGAACGAGCGGCUCCGCAGGGAGAACCAGGCACUGAGGGAGAGACUGGCAGGGAAAGAGGGCAGCGACUCUGCGACUAACAAACGAGCCGUCUGCGUCAUGGCUGUUCUGCUGUUCAUGACAUUCAGCUUCGGACCCGUCAGCAUCACAGACAGGAAGCUGUCGACGGACCUGCAGGAAGGAGUGAUGUCAUACACAGGCCGACGGCUGCUGGAAGAACGACAUCAUCAACCGCAUCAUCAGCCGCAGGCGCCUGUUCAGCCUGCGAGCAGAGAGGAGGACAAGACGGAGACGGAGGAGGACGGAGACGCAGAACUCAACGCAGCAGAGUCGUAUCAGUUCAGGAACUUGAGCGACGUGUUCAGUGACAUGAAGGAUCUGGUUCUGCAGGACAUCGACCGUUACUUCAGCUCAUCCGACUGCCGACAGUUCAACCGCUCCGAAUCUCUCAGGCUGGCAGACGAGCUGAGAGGUUGGGUUCAUCGACAUCAGAUCGACCGUAAGAAGUCCGGAGGGAAACCAAAGAUCGCCAAGAAGGCCAAGAUCGCCCAGCAGAAAGCUCAGCUGAGGAAGACAAACAUCUCCAGAUAUCUGCCGAUCCAGACUCACCGCACCUUGGAAAGUCAGCUGCAGGUACUCGCUGGUCCCGAGGUCACAUACAACGACUUCCUGGACGCCAUCGACCGCAGAGAGGACACGUUCUACGUUGUCUCUUUCAGACGGGACCAUCUGCUGUUACCUGCCAUCAGCCACAAUAAGACCAGCCGACCCAAAAUGUCUCUGGUCAUGCCGGCAAUGUCUGUCAACGAGAGCCUGUAUAAUUCCUCUCAGGGCUACGAGAUGAUGAUGCAAGUCGACUGCGAGGUCAUGGACACUCGCAUCGUCCCCAUCAAGUCCUCGGCCGUGCCCCCGUCACUCCGCGACCCUCCUCCGCCUCCCCCCUCCGCCCACCACAACUCUCACCAUCACCACGGCAACCACACUUCGCUCCGAGGACGCCACCACCCUCACCCUUCCUCCUCCCCCUCUCAGCGGCAACCUUUGCCCGUCCGACGACGGCCGGCGGAGUAUCUAAUCAGCCAAUCGGAUGGGGUUUGAUUAGCCGUUGCCAUGGUGAUCACAGCAGGUGAUGGGGGGAAAAGAAGAGGCGGAUAGGAAAGGCGGUUUCGGGAGGAAGAGAGGUGACAGUUAAAGGUUUGAAGCUUGGAGCAAAAGUCCAAGACAAACUUUUAAACUCAUUUCUUCUUAGAUAGUAAAGUCGUGAUACUUUCCUCAGGUACCACUUCUCCUCUACGACUCGUCUCUUCUUCCUGGAAAAGUUACACAUACUGUAGUUUCCUGGAAAGAGGAAAUUCAGGAAAACCUCCAACAAACAUCUGUAAAAAGGAUUUUAAUCAGUAUUUGAAGCAUUUACUGUUAAAAACCUCAAAACGGUUGAAAAAGAUUAAAAUAGAUUCCUCUUUAGAAGAAAAAUAAAAUCCUAAUAUAUAAAUAUAAAAAUAGAUUCCUAAAAAAAAUUGAGAGUUGGAUGCAGACACACAGCAGCACACUGCACUUAGAAACAGUGCUGCCUUGUAAUAUUUAAUAGUGAAAAUGUGCCGUUUGAAUGAAGCGUGGUUCCUGAAGAAGAGCAGAGACGACCAGCUCUAAAGUUUGUGUCUCAUCAACAGUUUGUGUCUGUUUUAAACGAGCUGCACAGUUACAGCUGCAACACCAAGAUAAAGUAGAUCCACUAACUAACCUUUAUUUUCAUUUUUUCGAUUUAUGCUUUCGGUCUAUAAAACGUCAGAUGACAAACAUGAAAUAUGAUGAUCUAAAUGUUGUCGUGUUUUCCGACCUUUCUGACUCGUACAUCACUAAAGUAAAUAUUUGUUGUUUUGUCUAUUUUCCUUGUUUAAUUUGAUGUUUGAGAAAUUACAAUAAGUGAAACAUACACAAUAAUUCACAAGAAUGAUCAGAGGAACAGUCUGUCAAUCAUCUCAAAAUAACCCACAUUUAUCCAGUCAAAAAAAGCACAAAGUGACACAUUUCAUUGUCUUAUUGUUUGAUAAAAAGUCCAAAAUAUUCAGUUUACAAUCACAUGAAACCAGGAAAAAGCAGCAAAUUCUCAUUUCAGAACAAGCAACCAUCAAUAUUUUUGCUUUUUUGGUUAAAAAAACGACUCACGAUGAAAUCAAUGAUCCACAAUAGUUGCAGAUCAACAUCUUUCAUUGUCAUGCAGUUUUCUUUCUUUGCACUUUCUGCUUUGUGUCUGUUCUCAGUCAGUCAGAUCAGCAAUAACGCCGUUUAUUAACCAUGUGAGGUGAAGUGGUGACGUGUGGAUCAGGCAGGUGUAACUGUGCAGCUGCAGCACGAUGACGGCUUCGCUCUCACUCCUGGUUUCUGUCGAGUUUGUAUAUUUGUGUUGUUGUGACUCUCGGUUGUAAUCAGAAAGAAAAAAGAAAGGUGCAGUCUGGAUGUUCGGUGUUAAGGCUGACGGCUGCUGAGGUGAAGCAGGAUCUUGUUUAAGAGCUCAAGAAACUGAUAUCAGAUGUUUGCAGCUGCUUUUCACUGAUGUGUUGGAAUCAGGACAUUUUACCAGGACUGCAACUAACAAGUAUCUUCAUUAUUGAUAUCGAUUGUCUAUAAAAUGUGACUGUUAUGACCUCGGCCUAGGGGAAACCUGGCUGCCUUCCCAUCCCCAAGAAUGUGCAGCCAAACCAUGGUUGGAGUUCCAGAAAAUAGCCGUUUUAUUCUUUACUUCGGACAGGAGAAGUGCCCAAAACAUUAAAUAAAAACUUCUAAACCUGAUCUUACCUCGCACAGAAAACAAAAGACAAAAACUUGAACCUAACUCCUCAACGCAUAAACAGGAGACAAAAUGUUUCAAAAAAAAAAAAAAGGCUUCUCCUCCCUACCUUUGGCUAUCUUGGGUGACAAACAGGAAUUAUUUACACUAUGUACAAAUCAGCAAGACUGUUUCACAAACAGCACACAUGUUAAGUACUUAAGGCCCAUUUAUGCUCAACGUACGUACGAAAAUGUCUGUCCUUUUCAAACGAUGUUACCGUCACUGCUCACAUACUUCCAUGCGUCCUUUACGUUGGCAUUGAUGUUAACCAAUACAUCCACCAGGGGGCAGCGCAGAGUCAAACGUUUAUGACAACAACAAACUGAACAAAAACAUACGUUUACCCCUUUGCCCAGGCGAAGUAACAUCAUAUAUGUGUCAAAAGUUUCUUUUUAACUCGCACAAACGUUCUUCAAAAAGUUCCGCCAUUGUUAUUUCUUCUUCGUGUCUCACUUGUGCUUCGUAUCGGGUAGUGACAGCAACACUGCCCCUACGGUUUCCGGUGGUACUGCUCCGUUUGGUCCGUAUCCGUAAACUUUUUGGCAACAUGCAGAAAUACGGACGAAUGGAACACGGAGGACGAACAGAAGGUUCCCUCCGUAUCUGUAUCCAUAUUUAACGUUGAGCAUAAAUGGGUCUGUAGUCUAGCAGAUCUCACAGAAACAACCAGCAGCACGGCCUCCAUUGUUGGGAGUUGUGGGAAGGAGAGAAGGGUAGAGGUCCAGCAGCAGCCAGUUUAAAAAGCCAGGCCCAGCCAAUCAGUCAGCAGCCAGCAGCCAGAACACCUGCAGCCAAUCACCCAAACACAAACCCUGAUUUGCAGUCACUGAGAGCUGGGAGAGAGAAAGCUGUCACAACACAGGCAAAACAAAACAUGGCCCAGAACCACAAUAACAGUGACAAAAAGGCCCGUUAUCAUUUCUUAGAACCCAGCAAAUGUCUCUUUCUGUCUCAUUAACGUCACAAAUCAGUUCAGGGCUGCAUGUCAUGAUCCUUUCCUUUCCUUCACAAGUACUAAAACUAUUAUUAUUCUAUCAACUCUGUCGGAUUGAUCAUCUAUCGGUUGAUUUAUCGACUAAAACUAAACCACUUCAGAGAUCCUGCUUCAUGUGGCGUCUGUCAGAUUUAUCAUGUCUCUUUGUUUUUUAAUAGAGAAAUCAUUUGUUGUGUUUUGAACGAGGGAUUAUUUAAUAGUUGUAAAUAUCAGUGUUCAAUGUGUAGAUAUUUUGUUUAUUUUUGUCACUUUUUUAUGUUUGUUUUUUUUAUCUUUAUGGGGUUUUUUUUGGAGAACAAAAGAAAAAGAGAAAAAAGAAGAAAUGUGUUUGUGGGAAAAACGAAGCUCGCAGUGAAACAAACAUGUUGAUGUUUGUUGGACCAACGUUACUCACUCUGUGCUCAUCGUUUCAACUCAGGAUCUUCUGUCCUGAUACAUUAUAUUUAUGGAAAUAUAUAUUAACACUGAUUUUUGUUUGUUUGUUUUUUAUAUAUUGUACAGAAUCCGCUUCGUGCUUUGACUUUGUUUAAAAAAAUACUGAAAUAGACCCAGAAAAGAUGAAUUACUGCUUCUGUUAUCGCCACAGAUCAAUAUCUUUUGUCAAACAACCAAUUUUUCUGACCAAAAAAAAAAGCUUCUGAAGUUCUUUAUUUCGUACAAAAACGUGUCUUAUCUUGACUUUCUUCCGAUGCCGCUCAAACUCGUGUUUUUGCGUUUUAGUUUUUUUUUCCUCAUUUGAAUUUUUUCAGAUCUAAAAGGAAGGGUCGUUCCUCCAAUUUUAACAUCGGUGGAGAUAAGUUAAUCUGUCGAGGUUAGUCACGCUCCGUCUCCGAAAACAGGUGUAAAUAACCCUGAUGAUGUCAUCAGGGUUAUUUUUGGCAAUGAGCUUGGAGACGACGUGAGGAAGGGUUUAACGGCAGAUGCAAUCCUUUUAUAAAAAGUAAUUUGGUCUGUAAGAUGUUGGGAGAAUUGGGGAAAAUGUUGACACAGUUGAGUUGAUCAUGGGAAAUGUAGUGUUUUGGGGUUUUUUACUCAGAUUUGAGACUAGAUUCCUGAUUGCGAUUUUCCGAGUCUUCUAAUAUUAAACAUCAGCUGAUAUAUCCAAUCUGAUGUAUCAAAACAUUAAAAUCUGAAUGUGACUCUGAUCCUCUACAGAGAAGAUGUCUCACUCUGUCUAAACUACAGAAACACUCUGAUUGUACAGCAGUGUUACAGAGUGGAGCGUCUUCCCUCACAGAUGAUCUUUGGCUGAGUACAACAGAGUCAGAGUUUAGAGAAUAUGAUUAUUAAACCAACCAGAACAUCAGAACUCAAUAAAGAGACUAAAAUCGUCAUCUCUGCUUUAAAACAACACUGACAGAAACAACAAAGAUAAACAAUCAAUGAACUAAAAACUUCUUAUUUACAUGUUAGUGUAAAAACAACCUGAAUCGUUUUUGUUGAAAUGAGAAUUAAGUAGAUAUGAGAGAUGAAUUAAUAGACAUGGAAACUAAAUAGAAAUAUAAUAGUCAGAGUAAAACUGUGGAAACUAUAAUAAAAUAUAUAAAUAUAAAAAAUAAUGACAUGAUUAGCUGCCUCUGAAGAACUCCUUAUGGCCUGAACAUCUUUGUUUUUUCUCUUUUUUUAUAUUUGUGAAUCUCAUUUUUUUUUUAUACUGAUUGAAUUGUUACUUUUUGUGUAAAGAAAUGCAAAUAUGGGGAAAAAAAGAGAAAAAAAUGUUGAUAUGAAGUUAAACGGUAACAACUGAAUCCAGUUCUUUAUGAAACACCACUUUUAUUUUUUUUCUUGAUGUAAAAUUAACUGUAUGCAACGUUUAUCCGUUUUUUUUGUUUUUUAUAAUAACAGCAAUAUUUUCUCUUCUGGUCGGUGGUGCUUAAAUAACGUCAUUUCACUCGUUCCUCAAACACUCAAAAGUUUCUUCAGUUUCAGAAAGAUUCAGAUUCAGAGAUCAACAAAUGAUUAAUAGAUUCAGUCUUAAAAUGUUAAAGAAAGACAAUUUAAAAAAAACUUCCUUCAAAAUUCCCGAAAGCACAUUUUGACAUCUUCAAAUGAGCCAAAUAUUCCUGCUUGAGAAGCUGAAACAUGAAUUUUUUGGCAUCUUAGUUUUAAAAAAAUAUUUAAUUAUCAGUAUAAUCAUUUUGUUUGUAAAAUGUCUGCAUGUAGGUGAUAACUUCAAAUAUCAUUCCGACAAAAUUAAAGUUGCAACCAGUGUUUUUUUCGCCUUUUGUGUUUAAAAAUGAAAUAGUUGCAGAUGAAUUUUCUGAUUAAUUGAGUUAAUCUAAUCUGAAUCUCUUGGCACCGAAGUUUUAUAGAUUUAAAUCAGACUUGUGUUCAUUGUAAACAGUCCUGAUGUAAAAGCUUGAGGAGCCUCUUGAAGGACGAGUCUGUAGGAUUUAGUGCCAUCUAGUGGUGAAGCUGCAGAUUGCAACCAAUCAAAUACCCCCAUCCUCAGUGUAAUGCCCCUCUCUAGAGUCAGUGUUUGGUUUGUCCCUUCUGGGCUACUGUAGAAACUGAGGAUUCACUCCCUCUGUAGAUAUAAAGGCUCAUUCUAAGCUAACAAAAACACUAAUUAAAACACAAUUAUAAAUAUUAUAUUCCACUUCUGCUCCUGAGGCUUACACAUUUGUCCUUUUUUAAUAAACCAGAUGAAUCAUUAUUUCUGGUUUCAGAAGCAGAUUUAAGAACCACCGACCUGAUGUGAGACCAGCUAUCAUUCACUUUGUCUUGUUUGUGUUUGAGCCACAGAGUGAAAGCAUGAAUCUGUGGCGACUAAAGGUAACAAUGUAAAUAUGAUGUGACUGUUUGCCUUUUGUCUCUUUUUUUAAAAUUUUAUUUAAAUGGAAAAAUCAUAAAUAAUGUAAAUACAUCUUUCUAAUUCCAUCCCUCCAAAUGAAACGAGGCGUUUGAACUGCUGCCUUUUAUGUUUGUAGGAAAUGAAGCGUUGAAUUUGAUAAAGAUAUAAUAAACUGAA